GUAAACCACACCUGUCUGGUGGAAUUUGUGAGGCCCCGGACGGGAGACGGAAAAUCUUGGAUCACCGAUGGAUCCUUCCGUGGUGGAAAGUCUUCAAGCUCUAGAGCGGACGGCAGCCUGGGUGAACCAAGUCGCUCAGAUGCGACAAAUGUGUAACUUUGCGGACAUGAAGGAGGACUCCACAGGAGAUAGCAAUCCAGACCGCGACGCCUGCAGCGACAAAGAUUACGACGAUAUUCCGGACAGUUACGAGGGCUUCCAGACAAUGGAACCAUUCGGAUCCAGCGAUUCCAGUCGCCAGGCAGAUGCCGGUUCCUCCAGCACGAUGGACUUUGUGGACAUCCCUGCCACAGUCCAGGAAUUCAAGGCGUCGCUGGAGAGUUCCGGAAUCUCCCAGAGGUUCGCGGCCAAAUUCAUCAUGGAGUCGACCAGUCAAGGCAAUCUGAGCUUUCUCCUGGAGAAGGGCAAGUCUAAACACUGGUCAGAACUGAGUGGGAGGGGGCGGUUACCUUAUAUACGCAUGAGGAGGUGGUUAGACAGCCCAGAGGAACAAAGAAUUACGCUGAGUCAACUUAGCAUGACUAAAGAGUUCAAGAAAACUGGUCCAAAGGAUGGGAGUGGAAGAAGGGGGAAAUUUACCCUGUUCCAACUGAUGGUGCUCUGUCGAUUCUUCGAGGAGGAUCAGAACCCGUCCCUGAACACACGAAUGCUAUUGGCUGAAAAACUCCUGGUUUCCUUGGAACGGAUCACAAUAUGGUUUCAAAAUCAACGAGCCCGUGGAUUUCCCGCUAAGCGUGUGCUAUGUCUGAUGAGUGUGGAUCGGCAGAAUGCAGAGAGUGAGAAAGCCGAAUUUGGACGAAAAUAUAAGAACAUUCAAGACGAUAUCCAGAAACGGACCCAGGCCUUAACUGGUGCUCUACAAACAAUGGGUGGGCAAAGCCCUGAUAUUCCAAACUCUGUGAAUCGAAUCAAUGAAUCGCUGAACACAGGUUCAGUAAAUGGAAUGACAAAACAUCCCCAAAGUAUUCCUGGACCUGUAAGCAAUAAGGAUUUACUUGGUCCUGGGUCUAUACGAUCUCUGCCAGCCUCUUUACCAAUGAAUCAGAGAUACAAACCCUAUGACAUGCCCCCUGGGUGGAGAGGUAGUGAAAGGUACAGUAAUUUCACAAAUUAUCUGCUGCAUCAGUCCUCGAGUUCAGCCAAUGGCAACAUGCACACUGUUGAUCCAUAUCAGCAGAAUCCAGCAAAUGCCAGCAUACAGAAGGAGGUUGGAGAGAUAGGAAACUCUCUGCCUUUAGGAAAAUGUUCCUCCAAGAAAGAAAUAAUCAAUUCACCAGAUCCCAGGCCAACAUUUCUUGUACAGAAUUUGGCCAACUCAACAGUUUUCAAUAGGCCAAGUACAGAGGGUGUGUAUCCUUUACAGAAAAAUGGAGUGGACAAUGCUGUUGAGAAAAAAGAUGCACAGAUUCCAACUUCAGCAGUUCAAAAAAUGUCUGAGGUGGUGGAGACUGCUUCUAACUAUAGUAAACAGAGAAGUGGAAAUUCCUCAUUCUCAAAUUGCCAGAAUAAGUCUGAUGAACUAGAAUCUUUGAAGUGGAGUGUUAAAGUGGAGCCAGGGUCAGAGGUCACAGACAUUAGUCUAGCCAAGUAUAAGGCCCCCUCUCUACCACAAGGUGGCACUAACUUCUUUCCGGGAGGAAGUGAUGUCACUGAUCAUGUGAUGGACUUGGUAUCUGUCAAGACUGAGAAUGUUGAGAAUGGGGAAAUGAGGGAAAUGGGCAGUGCCCCAGGAGAGUUGACCAAUCAGCUGGGGUGCUCGGGAGGAAAUGUAAUCUGUGGGAUGACACAAUAAAACAUGCAAUGUGGAGCCAAACUGAUGCUUAGUAAUAAUAAUUGACCUUUCAUAGUUGUUAAAAGGAUAUUGAUCGAGAAACCUAAAACAGUAUCUGUGAAAAUGAAAGUAGAAAAGGAAAGAGAGUUUUAUGUUUUGUGAUACAUGCCUAAAUUAUUAUAUGAUAAAGAUUUAAAGAAAAAGACCAGAUUAUAGAGACUUAGUAGAAAGUUUUUGGAAAUGCUAUAUUUAAACAUUUGCGCUUGUAUACAUGUUGUGUAUAGGGAUUCAAAUAAUUUUUAGCACUCGGUAACCCUAGUGGUUCAUUUGCUUUUUCGUACUUCAUAGACAUCUAAAAGAAAAUACAAACACAAAAAACCCCAAAAUAAUCAGAACUCAAAUAAAUUGUCCAAAAAUAUUAAUUUCACUCACUUCGCUAUAAACUUGUAUGAUACAUAUAAAUUAAUUAUGAACACAUAACAUUAAGACAUUAAUAUCUUAUUGUGGGUAAAGUGUAUGCACAUGCAUGUUUAUACAUGUUCAAAUAUAAAUGUAUUGGACUAAAAUUGUAAAUACUUUUUAAAAUGAACUAUCGAUCAUCCUUGUUUAAAAAAUUUUUUUAACAGUCAUUUAAAAUGUGCAUUUUGCAUAUGUAAUUUUUACAAAUUUGAAUGUAAGUGAUGAAGCGACAAGAUUGAAAGGGCCUUUAAAGAAAAGGUGAAAUAAAAUGCGGAUUCUUUUACAUUUCAAGAAUUUGAGUGAAGCUGUAUUUGCCUGCAUUCUACAUUGAUUACAGUUUGUCUGUGUAUCAAAAGUCGGGGUUUAUGUUUUGUUUUGUACAGUUUAAGGCAUAAUUACUUAUUUGUUGUGUGUAUUUGUGCUGAAAUAUGUAUUUAUUUCAAUUGUUAAUAAUUAUGUACAUGUAUAUAAUGGUUGUAUAACUUAUUGUGAGUGCCAGUUUUGUUUUCUUUUAUCUCCUUUUUUCUUUCUUUAGAAAUGAAUUUUAACCUAUUUUUUGAGCUUUUAAAGAUCUUUAGAGAAUAGGAGUGUUAAAAUGCCU